UUUAAAAGCAGGGACAUAAGAAGUGCCAUUUCACAAGUAGGGGAUUCCGUUGCCGGUUCUUACUAUUAGUCUGUUGACAUUUGCAAUUUAAAUAAUCAAUUUUACAUUUUCCUGACACCCGGCGUAAUACUUACAGCGUGUCAUGAACUUACAUUUCUAAAAAAACGAACACAUUUCAAUGAUUAUUCCUUAAAUUUAGCGACACCUUGACACCGCGCCACCCCUCCGGUCCGAGUUGGUCUCGCCCGUGCCUCCACAGCAUCAAACGCACAUGUUGGGUGUGUUGUGUUGAGGAUUGCAGCGAUAUUACAGCAUUUAGCACAACCUCUGCGCACUGUCACGCUGCUGUUCGCUCUCUCAUUACCGCAGUUACAACAACUGCAUUAGUAAAUCCCACAGUCAAUGAGAAAUAGUUAAAGAAAUCAGAUUUAUUGUGAGAAAACGCUUGAAGUGAGGAGGCUGACACGCGUCCCAGCGUGGCUGCAAACUACUGUUCACUGAAGGCUUUGAGGCUCGCCGUGUGACAUCAUGAGCUCCAAGGUGUGUAGGAACUGCGGCAGCUCGGACAUCGACGUGGACCAGGCCCGCGGCGAUGCCGUCUGCAUGACCUGCGGCUCCGUGCUGGAGGACAACAUCAUCGUGUCCGAGGUGGAGUUCGUGGAGACGGGAGGCGGAGGCUCGUCGGCCGUCGGACAGUUUGUCUCCACUGACGGCGGAGGCGUCAACCCGUCCUUCGGAGACGGACACUUCACCGGAGUGGGCCGGGAGUCCCGAGCUCAGACGCUGCAGAGAGCGAGACUCAGCAUCAACACUCUGGGUCACCAGCUGCAGAUGAACAAACACUGCCUGGACACGGCUCUCAACUUCUACAAGAUGGCGCUCACCAAACACCUGACCCGCGGCCGCAAGUCCUCCCACGUCAUCGCCGCGUGCCUCUACAUGGUUUGCCGCACCGAGGGGACGCCACACAUGCUGCUGGACCUCAGUGAUCUCCUGCAGGUGAACGUCUACGUGCUGGGACGAACCUUCCUGGUGCUAGCCAGAGAGCUGUGCAUCAACGCCCCGGCUAUAGACCCGUGCCUGUACAUUCCCCGUUUUGCUCAGCUGUUGGAGUUUGGGGAGAAGAACCAUGAGGUGUCCAUGACGGCGAUGAGGCUGGUGCAGAGGAUGAAGAGGGACUGGAUGCACACGGGACGAAGACCGUCGGGACUCUGUGGAGCAGCUCUUCUUGUUGCCGCUCGUAUGCACGACUUUCGCCGCACCAUCAAAGAAAUCGUCGGUGUUGUCAAAGUGUGUGAAACCACGCUGAGGAAAAGAUUGACGGAGUUCGAGGACACGCCCACCAGCCAGCUGACCAUCGAAGAGUUCAUGAGGCUGGACCUGGACCAGGAGUGUGACCCGCCCUGCUUCACAGCCGGACUGAUGAAGAAAAAGGCCAAACUGCUGGAGAUUGAGCUGAAGAAAAAGAUGGAUGACGUGGAAGAUGAGAUUCAAGGCUACCAGGAUGAAAUAGACGCAGAGCUUCAGAGCGUUCGACCCAAACUGAGAGGAGUUUACGCCGCCUACACCAAAGAAGAAGCCUGCGGAGACGAUAUUGAAAACAUCGUCUCCACGUCGCCUCCGUCAGCAGACUGCGAGGACUCGGGGGAGGACGACGUGCUUCAGGCCGUGGCCAAGCACUUUGGCAAAGACCUGGAGGAGCUCACGCUGGAGGCCCUGAUAAAACUGGAGCAGAAGAAACCAGAUGAGGAGGGGGAGGAGGAGGAGGAGGACCAGGAGGGAGACGUCCCCAAGAGGAAAGCCCCGUCGCUGGAGUCCAUCCUGGGCUCGAUGCCCACGGCCGCCUCCCUCAGCCUCCCACAGCCCGCCGACUGCUGCAGCGGAGACGGGAAGGAGAACGAUGGUGCUGCUGACAGCGGGGAGCUGGACCUGAGCGGGAUCGAUGACAGCGAGAUAGAGCUGUAUCUGCUGAGUGACAAAGAAAUCCAGGUGAAGACGGCGCUGUGGAUGGCAGAAAACUCCGACUACCUCAAAGAGCAGAAAGAAAAGGAAGCAAAGAUAGCGAAGGAGAAGGCGCUCGGGAUCUACAAAGAGAAGAAGCCCAGAGGACCGGCCAGGAAGUUCCCUCCGAUCCGAGCCAGCACGGCGGACGAGGCCAUCGGGAAGAUGCUGGAGCAGAAGAGGAUCUCCACCAAGAUCAACUACGACGUCCUGAAGGACCUCAACAUCAAGCCCGGCGCCAGCCCGGCCCGCCAGGUCGAGUCCCCGAAGACGGAGCCGGCCACCCCCAGACUGACCGCACGCAUCCGCAAACCGGCCCGAGCUCCUCUCAGCCUCAGCACGCCGCUCGCCACGCUGGGGAAAAGGUUGGUGCCGGGCCCGUUUUUACACUUGUGAGCAGGUUUCUG